AUUCCUAAUCCACUUUUACGAGAAUAAACUCAAGCCACGGAGAUUUAGAAAAGCCUUUUCCGACACACGCUGAGGUGUAGACUUCAACUGAUCUUCUGAUUUUGCGGUGAGAAAACAAGAAUUUUUUAGCGGCAUUCCGUGUCUAGCUUGACCAAGCUACAAAAAUACGACCAGCGGUUGGUAUAAUCCCGUCUGGUUGUCCCUCAGAGGGGGUGCACCCCUUUCCUUUACCGCUCCUGUUGGUUCGCCAGAGGCAAGAGCACUCGUUUAUCUCGGCGUUCAGUGAGUUAUUGCGUGCAAUGAAAGUUUUAUGCAAGUUCAAGCGUCUCUUCACGAUUGUUGGCUUCGUAUUGGCUGCCUUGCUACUCUCGAACCAGUCUUCUUAUGCCACGAAGCGGCCGUCCGGCUCGCCCCAGAUCCCUCCCAAAUCAACACCGUCGGGGAGAUACCUCAAAGACUUCCGGCAAUCGACUGACCAGUCACGUAGGCCAAAGUGUACGAGAGUCAAGACCACCACUUCCGGUUCCGAGAUGCGCCUGACUAAGCGACAUUUGCAUAUUUAUGACGCAUGUCCUACCCACACUAGGAGGGUCCGGCUUUUUUGUCGCACUGGGUGGAUCUUGCAAGGGAAGACGGACAAGAAGUUAUGCGGGACGACUAACACCACCAGCCAUCAAACCCUGUUUGACUUGGAGUCGUACGGAAGAAGUAUCGUUAGGCUCAAGCACGUGCAGAGUCAGCGGUACAUCGCUAUAAACCAUAAAGGGCGGUUACUUAUGCAGGGUAGCCUCCAAGACGAUAGUUUAUUCAAGACUAAGCACGAGGAAAAUGGUUUCCACAGUUUUGCAUCUCGCAAGUUCUCCCUUCGUCAUCGACACGAUUUGUUCAUCGGCAUCCAGAAAAACGGCUUUUGUAAACCACCAAAACGAACAUUCCCUGGACAAACCGCUGUGCAGUUUAUCAUACUGUUUUAGUCUCUUACCAACUUUUUGAUUCAGGUGGGAUUAUGGUGUAAGGCACGUGUGAAUGGGGUAUUUCGUAACCCACAGCCACCCCAUGAUAUCGACGACAAACGCUCCCCCCCAUCCCCCAAAACAAUGACAGCUCAACUAUGGGUACGCUCCAUUACGAGCUCGUUUAACUGUGAGCCCGCAGUAUGUGAUGAGGCUAGCGACGGCUAGGAAUAGAGCCUACCGAGUGGAUGUUCCAAAUAAGGUUUGAAAAUCUUGUAUCAGUUACAAACGAUCGGACGGAUUUAUUAGGGAAAGCUGGAUAUCUUAGGAACAAGAUCUAGCAGCAUUGUUCCCAUCCACUCUUAAAAACUGGCGACUAAGUCAACAAACAAGAUUUUGGGAAUCUUUGAUAUGAAUUAUGGAUUUAUUUGUUUAAAAUGAUUUAUUUUUCUGGGGGUGGUGGUGGGGAUGGGGUAAGACAGUAAACUCCGGCCUCUUCUUUCUACGGCCCUGAAAUCACUUAUUUAAAUGACUAUAAACUCACUUGAGAGCUGGUUCAAGUUAAUGCUAGUUGCUUUAAUAGAAAGCUUUCAUUCAGACGACAUGUGUCUGAGAGUCAAAAUUUUAAAACAAUGCCCCUUUUUUUCUCAUGGCUUUUAUAUCAACGAAAUAAAUAAAACAGCUUAAUAAAGAAAAACAUAGAAGAA